AUGUCUCCAAUCGAAUCAUCAGCAGCAGAUGAAUGCAGUAAAAAAACCGUUCUAGAUGUUCUUCAGCAACUUUCAAUCAACAGUGGUAGUAGCGUGGACCCCUCAGCUUGCAACAUCAAAAAACUUUACUUGAUACAUUUCAACGACGUUUACAAUGUAGAAUCACGAAAGCAGGAGCCUGUAGGCGGGGCUGCCAGGUUCACAACUGCCAUUCAUCAUCUGCAGCACUUGAAUCCACUCAUCCUAUUCAGUGGGGACAUCUUCAAUCCGUCAUCAAUGAGUACAAUCACAAAGGGUAGGCAGAUGGUUCCAAUUAUGAACAGGCUGAACAUUCACUACUCACUCUUUGGCAAUCAUGAUUUCGACCAUGGAAUGGAUGUGCUGGACGAACUGGUCCAAGGGACGAACUGUCGAUGGCUUAUGAGCAACGCCCUGGAUGCCACAACCGAGCAACCGUUUGGAAAUGGAAUAGUCUCUGACCUCUUUGAAUGGAAUGGUGUUAAUGUGGGAUUGAUAGGAUUGGUGGAGAGGGAUUGGAUAGACUGUCUGGCUACAUUCGAUCCUGAAGAUGUGGAAGUUUUGGAUUUUGUUGAAGAGGGCCGAACUCUUGCUCUCGAAUUACUUGACCAGGGUGCAGAUAUAGUGAUAGCCCUAACGCACAUGCGAUGGCCCAAUGACAUUAAACUGGCUGAGCAGGUUCCUGAGAUUUCUUUGGUCCUUGGCGGACAUGAUCAUGAUUUCACUUUUAAAAAAAUGAAAGAUAAUUACAUCCUAAAAAGUGGCACAGAUUUUCGGGAAUUUUCCUUGCUGACCUUGACAUUUGAAGGGUCAAAGUUCAAAGAUAUUGAGGUUCAGAAGAUCGAGGUUACUUCAAACAUAGAAGAGGAUCAGGUGGUCAGGAAUAUAGUGGAGGAUUACUCAAGAGAGAUGGCGAAAAAGUUGGACGAGGUACUCGGUGUUGUGGAGGUCGAUCUGGAUGGACUUUUUUCAUCGGUGCGGACGAAAGAGACCAAUUUAGGCAAUUUUCUAACAGACAUCAUGUUGGCAGCUACUGAAGCUAAUAUUGCUUUUCUAAAUUCUGGGACCAUUAGAUCAGAUACUAUACAUCCAAGAGGCGAAUUUAAGCUAAGAGACCUCGUGUCAAUCAUCCCAAUGGUCGAACCACUGGUUGUCUUGAAGAUUAAUGGUUGUGGCGUGUUAGAAGCUCUGGAAAAUUCCGUUAGCAAAUAUCCAUCUCUGGAGGGUAGAUUUGCUCAGGUCAGUGGGGUGACCUUCGGGUUUGACCCAAAGAAACCUCCGGGUCAUCGAAUUGACCCCAGACAUGUCAAAGUUCAGGGAGAGUAUUUGGUUCUGGAUAAGGAAUACAAGUUAGUGACGAAGGCCUACCUGGCCGAGGGUAAAGAUGGCUAUGACGUUUUCAAGAGGGCUGAAAAAUUGACUGAUCCGGAUGACGGCCAGUCGAUCUCGACGGAGGUGCAGAACCACUUCCACUCUGUGAAGGUGCUUAAAGGAGAGGUCAGGCCCAAAUUCGUCCACAGGCAGAGCAUCAUUAACCUUUCCAGGUAA